AUUUAUUCGCUUUUUAAAAAUGACCCUCGGCCCCGCCGCAUCGUAGAACGUAGUAUCAAAUUAAAUAACAUGGUCACAGAUAAUGCUGCAGUUCAUCAUUCAUCAUUUCAUCAUUUUCCCUGGCCCAAAGUCGUGGAAGUUUCUCUAGUGUCCGCAACCGACUGUGAUAUUAUGUAAACGUUUUCCCGACUGAUCCCACGUAGUGCUAUUCGGUCUCGACAAACCACAAACACACUUAUGUUUACGUGACAGAAAAAUAAUAAUAAUUAAAUACAUAUAAAAAACAUAUUUAAUCGGAUGCAGGCCACAAACAACGAUGCACUCACGUUCGUCGACUUCAAACUCAAAUUUGAGUAUCAACCACCAUCGUACAAUGGGUCACAACAGUAUGACUGACAUAUCAUUGGGGAACACGGUAAACUCUUACGAUACGUAGUGUCAAAUUUUGUGUAUCCGAUCAGACUAUACUGGAAUUGUGAUCUUUGAUGAAUGGUACAGUACAGAUAGAAGUUCAAGUUUUGUGACAAAAGUUGCGAUGCAGAAGGAGGGCAAACCCAGGUUUCUGAAACACCAUAGCAACAGUGUCCGAGGAGUAGCGUUUAGUCCUCGAGACCGUUAUCUAUUCUGCUCUGGCGCUUACGAUGGAAAGGUCAACCUCUAUUCCUCGUUACGUAUGGAAUUACUUAUGUCAUAUUCUAUUACCACGAUGGCUGUCGCAAAAAAUGUAAAUGCAGUGAGGUUCACAUCUGAUGGUUCGAGGAUUUUAGCGUGUACAACAUCUCGGAGGCUUUCAGUUGUCGAUGUUGAACGAGGAGAACAACUAUUAGCUUAUGAUAAUUGUGCAGCAAGUGGGAGGGAUAGAACUGGUCUAGCUACUGAUCCUACAUCACCUAACAUUGCGGUGUCUGUAGCGGUAAAUGGCAAAGGUCUUACGUUAUUAGAUCUUCGAAUGCCUUUACCUCUAGAUUAUGUGUAUGAUCUACAUUCUAGUACUAUUCGUGAUAUAGUUUUUCUAGAAUCAUCAUGGCCCUGGGCAACUAGUAAUGGACUUCUCAGUACUAUUGUCACUGCAGGUUCAGAUGGUUGCUGUAAAGUGUGUACAAUGGACGGUCGAAUAUUACACACAUUUUAUUCGGGGCGUCAUCUGAACACGGUUUGUCCUACACCAGAACCGUUUCAAGGAUUUUUGUCCAAUGGAUUUUAUAGUGUAAUUAUGAGUGGGGGCGAUAAAAUUACAUCAUAUGUACCUAAUUUGGGUAUUCAAGAGAGCUUCUGCGAAAACCGUGAUAAACCGAUUUGGAAAGUCAGAUACACAUCAAAUGGUAGCUUUCUAUAUUCUGUAUGUGAAGGUGGUGUUGUUAGAAAAUACCGAAGAUAUCCAGAUAGACAUGAGUACCUUGGAGAAGUGUACACCCAUAAAGGAGAUAUACAAGACUUAGAUAUAUCUCCUUAUGACGAAUACCUUAUUACAGCAUCCAAGGAUCGGACAGUGGGAGUGCUACGUCUGGGUGCUCCUAGUCAUGGAUGGACAGACUAUGGUGAACUAACGUGAUAAUUUAAGCAAUAUUUAAACGAAAUACAAAAUAAAUAUAAUUACGAUAUAUAUUAUGUAAAUUUGUAUACUUAAGAAUAUGUUAUAAGGGAUUUUUAAAAAAUGUAAUGCCAACCGAUGCACCAAAUUAAAGUGUGAUAUUUAAUGUAAAACAAAAAUUAUACCAUUUUGGACAAAUUUUAUUAAAGAAAAAAAGAAAAAGUAUA